AUGCUCUGCCUCGAACGGAAUACAGGGUACAAGGCAAAGGCAAAGGAGUCUGCUGGACAGCUCGAGGAAGCCAAGGAAACCAACAGAAAGCUCACAGAAGAUCUCGCGGCCGCCGAAGGAUGCCUGGAGCAAGUGCGGACCAACACAGUGACCAAGACCGCCCAUGAUGAGGUUAAAGCUCUCUUGUGUGACGCGCAAGAGACGAUCAAAUCGAAGGCUAUGGAGAUGGAACUGGUCAAGCAGCAGCUUCAGGCGGAACGGGAGGAAAACGCCAAGCUCCAAACGGCUUUGAGUAGCCUGAAACAGCCAGUGUCGCGAGGCGCACGACGAGGCCUAGGAAACCAAGAAGCCGUCGCAUGGGCGGAGCAACAGCCAUCUCCCGCUGGGGUCACGAACGUCCUGCGCGAGCUCGAGAAGCUGCGCAGCUCUAUCAAAGCGAAAGAUCAGCGAGGCCGUCAGCUUCAAGAGGAAGUGUCGCAGACAAGAGCGCAACUCGAUGGGGAACGGAGAAGAGCGGAAAAGGCUCAGCAGCAACUCGCGUGUUUCAUGCAACGCAUGGACAGUCUCAGGCGUCACCGCGUUCAAACCGAGGCACGAGCUUGUCGCCAAGCACAGGAAAUCGCUGCACUCCGCGCUGAGCUGGCGAGCGAGAAGGAGAAUCGCCAGAUUCUUCUGCAGAUUCUCGAGCUGUAUGUACCGGACGUUGUUGUCGAGCUUCGUCACCGCAUGCAGAAGAUGCCUCCCAGCUUUUUUGCAUUGGACCCUCGCGUUCUCAGUCCAUCAGGACAGAUGGAGAAGUUCGCCGGCUCAUCGACGGCCCCCAGCCCGUGCGGGAGGGUGGCUUGCCGCUCGCUGUCGAAACCAGCGAGCGAUUUCAGUGCUUCACGGCCUGAUGGGCGUUCGCCCGUCUAUCCCAGUGCCUCCGAAUUCAGGGCGUUCCCGCCGUCAGGCGACAGCAGAGUGUUGCUCCCGUCCUCACCUGGUGUUCCGCGAUCCAACGUCGCAACAGAGAGUGCGACAGACUGGACUGGAUCUCGAGGUUCAACGCCUGAAGAUCGUCUUAGGCUUCUCAAGGCUAGAGGACUUUCGCAGAUGCAAGGCUAUGGUGACGAGCCCUCGGAAAGCGAGGCGGGGCCCGUGUUAGUACCUAACCUUGGCGAACCAGUGAAACACUCCUCCUCAGCGGCGAUUCAGUUGACUGUCGAGCAGCUAUCUUUUGACGAGAAUGUGCGAGCGCAUGACGAGGCAUGGACAAGAGGAGAGACUCCGCCGCUCUGGUGCACUGCGUCCGAUCCAGAGGCUCAGCCCUUGUCAUCUCAUGUGGAAUCAGUCGCCGACAGGGAGAGUAUUCCCCCGCCCACAGAGAGGACGGCUAGCUCAUUUGUGAAACGCGUGGAAGAGUCCCCAGGUCACUCGCAGCAUGCAGGCCAAAAGCGGACCAAAGGAGAAGACGAGGCCAGGCACCGAGCACUCCGAGUAUGUAGUGAGGGACCGCCUGACAACACGAGUGAUGUCGGCGGCGCAUUUCCCGUGACGCUAAGCACUCGACCCUCGCCGUCCGUGAACGUUUCCUUCAUCACGCCAAUGGCCCCUCCAACGCCUCACUGCCAACCCACGUCUCCUCGCAGUCUUCCAGGGGAUUUUGAGAGCGAAUCUCCUUAUGGAGAACCGGCUGUCGACGGGCAACGCCCAGGGAAGCAAACUCGAGCCGAAAAGUGCUCGGUUGUGUCAACAGAGACCAGCAGCGCCCAUGCUGUCCUUAACCGUCUGAAGCUCCACUCACCAUCCGACUGGCAACUUGCACGAGGUCACACAACGGAAUCUCCGCUUUCAAGCACCGAGACAGAGAAAGGCAGAGGAGACGCUUGCACUGGUCCACCACACCCGUUUCGCCCGAGAGGCAGCGAGGCAUUAAACAGCCUUCUCAGCCACGAAGAUGAUUGGUGCAUUCCUCAGCGUAAGGCCGGACCAGGCACGGAAGAAGAUCAGAGUGACCAGGAGGUUCGACCUCAUCGGGCCCUCGCUGCAGAGUUGACGGAAGUCCAACGCAAAGAUAACGGAACUCUGCGUCAACAAGACACUCGGGGAGUAUUUACGCAGGAUUCCGAGCCUACCGGAACCCUUAAGACCUUGGGCUGGAGCGGAAUUCCGCCGGAGGGCGAACCGAACUUGACCACGCAAGACGUCGCAUCAGCCUCCCGUCGUGACUGUGAAGGACGAGCAGAAGGCGCUGUUUCGCAGGGUGUGGAAAAGUGUCAGCGGCCGCGGAGGGGGGACUCCGUCAUGAGCCGAGAAGGCUUCCAAAAGUCUUCACUGGGAGCUAGCCCUCUCUCAUCGGACACAGGUCAUUGCAGAAAACCGCCUGUACCGCCUUCCCCCCGCAGCGUUACCGGCGCAGGCAAGUCCCCGGAAGACUACACAGUCCCAACAGCCUCCCAGGGUAGCGUGCACCAUCCAGAGGAGUGGAUUUCUGCAAAAAAGGAAAGACACGUGCCGGUUACUGGGGCCGCUUGCGGCGUUGACACUACAAAGGGGAGCAAGGAAGUUGAGAAACGCCCACUCAAGUCACCAGGAACUUUUCCGGCUGCUCCGGAAUGCGGCUCACAGCACUUUCGAGAAAAAAAAACGUUCCGCCAGAAGGAACGAACUCUUGCUCCACUGCCUCCCAAUGACAUGGCCCUCGCCUUGCAGGAAGCAAAAAUUCGGUGGCAAAUUCAGUAUUAUGCCGCCAUGCACAAGUUUUACUCUAUGCAGCUCCAGCAGAACACUCUGCAUCCAUCUGAAGAACCAGAAGAUAGGUUCUUCCCCGACAUCCUUGCUGAGGGUGUAGAUGCGGAUGACGACCCUACGCAGAUGAGCAUGGAAGAACUCCUGGCGCACUCCAACGCUCUCUUCGAAGAUGCUGGAUUACCCCCGUAG